AUAUCUAUCUAUAAUCAAAAGUACAAAAAUAAUUAAGUGGACAUAUGCUGUAAACUUGUAUCAUUUAUCUAGUAAAUAUCAAAUCCAUUGAUUUUAGUUAAUAAGCUACGUUUACAAAUGAACGACUAAUAUUUUUCGAACCUUAACCAAAGUAUCCACUUAUUUCAAUAUUUACACCUAAUUAAAAGAAUUAUUAUUAUUAUCAAAUGAAAUUAAUUCCAUGGAUGUUAUUCACGUUGAUUUGCGUACUUACAAGUGUUGUUGGAUUUCCAGCUAAUAUUCCAGCAGACUUUUCCAGAAAUCUACUACUAAGACAACUUUUAAACUUUCAACUUCCAAAAGAUUCUAGUUUUGAGUCAAUUAGCAGUUUGUCUGCUACCUCAUGGAAUCCAACCUGGUCAGCUUUAUUCUGGACGUCAUGGUCAAAAUGGGAGUUGUGUACACCGGAUAAACAGUGUACAAUUAAUGGUGAUGAUAAAUUAACUGAUAAAGAAAAUUUUAUAUAUCGUACAAGAAUAUGUCAAUUUCAGUCGAUGAAUGAACAUUUACUCUACUCAAACAAAUUAAUCAAAGGUAUAAGUCUACCAAAUGACAUGGUUCCAUGCUCAAAAGAAGGUUUAGCUGAAAGAGAUGUUAAAAAAUGUCCUGAUUUAAGGCAGUGUAUUGAUGAAGAUUCACUACAAAGUUUUUCUAUAGAAGAACAAACCAAAUCGUUUCUUGAAACACAUUCAUCCAAAUGUGAAGGAGUUGAGUGUGAUCCCACGGACAAGACAGAAGUUGUAAUUGCUACAGAAAAACCGUCAAUUAUCGGAAGGUAUAUUAAACACAAUCAGUUUUGGGGACCAUGGAUAGCUUUACAACAAUGUUCAGCAAUUAUUCCUACAAUUGAUGAACUUCCAGAUGAAUAUCCUUGGGAAUCAAUGUUAAAUUUUAGUAGAAUACAGCCUGGAAAAAGAUGUCAGCCAGGAUUACAAUUACAAAUCAGAAAACUACUAAGUGGGACAGAUAUCACUAGUCAUCCUGAAAUCAGUCAAAUGGAAGAAAAUUUAUCCCCAGCAGUCGUCAAAAUCACACCAACUACUGAAAUGCGUAAAAUUCACUGUUGGAUUAAUGAAGCCUGUCCAACAUCAGAAGUGAAAGUUGAACCACCAGUCACAUGUGUUUUUCAAGCUAUUUAUCGCAGUCCAUCUGUACAAGUUAAGUGGCGUCGUACACCAUAUGGUCGUAUACCAUCACAUUUUGAAGUACAUAUAUUAGACUUGAUAAAUUCUGUUCAUUAUCAAAAAUCUGAACUCCAUGUUGAACAAAUUAAGUUGAAUAAAUUAGAUCCAUGGGGAGAAAAUUAUAUGACUGAAAUACUUGGAUUGAAAAUUGGUCAACCAUAUCAGAUUAGUAUAGGAUCUGCUGAUGAAGCAGGUAAUAUAUACUUUUCAAAAAAUUGUGAAGCAGUUGUUAUCAUUGGAACUGGUGAUGGUUCGUGGUCUAAAUGGUCAAACUGGAGCAAUUGCAAUUCGAAAUGCUCGUCAAAGUUAGGCACACGUAGUAGACACAGAAAAUGUAAUUCACCUGCACCACGAAGUGGCGGCCGUAUGUGUCCUGGUUCAGAUCAGAUGCAUUUUGAAUGUUUUGGAACUGAUAUUAAUUGCUGAGACAACUGCAUGAAGUACAUGUCGCCUUUAACUUUAGCUCAAUUAUUAUUUCUGCUUUGGAAAAAAAACAGUUGUGUGCUUUAAUA